AUGUCUAUUUUUCAAAAAGAUAAUAAUACUCUUUAUCUAGUUAUAAAGAGUACAAUCAAUAAUGUUAUUAUUCGAAAUAUAAUCUUUCGAUAUGUACGAUUGAUUCAUCAAAGACUACUCAAAAGUAAACUAUUAAUGACAGACAUUACCAAAGACCAAGAUGACGAUGAAAUAAAAGGAGUUCAUAAAUGGAAAGAUAUCAUUUCAUCACCACUAUUGUCAUUGUAUUUUGGUACAUUGGAUACAUUUAAACAAUCAAUAUAUUCAUUUGAAAAGGAGUAUUCUGGUUAUAAAUGGUUACCUCAACAUGUACAAAUUGGAAAUACUACAUUUGACACUUCCUCCUCUUCAUCCGACUCAUCCUCUUCUUCCUCUUCAUCCUCAAACUAUCCAUUUAUACCACACUUGGAACAAAUUAUAAAACAAUCAUGUAAAUAUAAUCGUUUGGAUAUGAUUAUCUUUGUAUACGAUAGAUAUGGUCAUCAAGCCAAAGAAAUUGCAUAUUAUAUAGAAUACCAUUCAAUUAAAUAUAAUCGAUACCAAAUCUUUAAACACUUUUAUGAUUUGGUCUUUUCAAAGAUUACAAUGUUUAGAGAUGUAUCACCAGAACUAGAAGACUGUUCAGACUAUGAUAUUGUAUCUCUGUGUCGAUCGAGUGACAAGUGCAAUGCCACCAACAUACCAUUCUACACCAACUAUAUUGACGAGAAAAACUUUGAAAACUACAAGACCUACUAUCGAUUUGUUAUUGAUGACCUUAAAAAAGAGCCACGCGAUUCAAAGAUCAAUUGGAAUGAAGAAUUCUUAGAGACUUGUGUCACUUUGGAAGACGUAAAAUCUAUUCAAUUUUUGGUUGACAAUUUCAACAGACUUUCUCUUUACAAAAAGAAACAUAGGUAUAGUCGAGUUGGUAGUAGUACAGAAUACAUAGAUAUUCCCUUGAAAUCAAUCACCGACUUUAUUAGAAAUAACAUUUUAUUUCGUGCCCUUAGAUUACAAAAGUUUAAAAUGUUGGAUUAUUUAAAUACCUUUUUUCAAAAUGAAUCAUCUCGAUUUGGAACAACUAAAAUUGAUAUAUUUAGAUUUCUAUUAACAAAGACAGAUAGUAAUUAUGAAUCAUCAUUAUGUGAAGCAAUGAUUGUCGAAAAAGCAAUUCCAAGUGGUGAUUUGGAAAUGAUAAAAGCAAUAUUUGAUCUAAAGACAGUCAAUGUCUAUUUGAAUAGAUUUCUUGAAAUCAUUCCUCCAAUCAUGUCCAAAGCUCAUUCUGACAUGCUUUAUUAUUUCCUAGAACGAUUUAAAAUUGGUCGUCCAAAUGUUGGUCAAUUACGAACCAUUAACAAUCUAGCUAUCCGAAACGGUCACUUGGACACUGUAAAAUGGAUUGACCAAAACAUUAUCAAUGUUUUACAAGAUUAUCAAAUAGUUGAUGCUUUUUAUUCACCACCUUCCAAUCAAAGAUUAGAGUUGAUUAAAUUCAUAUAUCAGCAACAACAAAAACAACCAGAACCACAACAACAACAAGUUGCACUAAACAAAUGUUAUAGUAGAAUUAAAAAGAUUACAUUUGAAGAAUUGGAAUACAUUACAAGUCAACUCAACCCAACAACAGAGUACAAUGAAAUCAUACAGGCAGCUGUGGGUAGUGGAGAUCCUAAUCUAUUGGAUUAUGUAUUGACAAAAUACAAUACACAGUUACCAAUAGAUACCAAAGUAGCUAUAUUUGGAUUAAAUACUGAUAUACCAUUGGAAAUGGUUAAAUAUAUGGCACAGAAAUACAAAGAAAAAGGAGGAGUCAAGAUAACAAUCGGGAUGAAAACACCAAUCACUCGAACGGAAAGAAAAUACUAUACAGAUUUAAUCAACUCUGGUAUUAGUGAUACCACCACCCCACAAUACCAUCCACAUAGUUCAUCUAUUGAACAUCUAAUCUGUGUUGAAUCUUUUGGAUGUGGAUACGAUAUCAAUUUUAGUUUACCCUAUGACAGAGAAAAUCAAAUUGGAGUGAUGGAUUGUUACAGAUUCCUGUAUCUCCAUAUUGGUACCAAUAAAUGGAUGGGUGAUAGUCUAUCAUUUAUCGAAUCAAUCAGUGAAGGACGUCCUCUACCCUACCUACUCGAAUUUCUUUUGGAUACAUUCAACAACCAACAAAUCCAAUCGGCACCAAUCCUUCAAAGUUUAAGAAUAUGUCUUUUAAAGAUAAAUAUACCUCCAAACAUCCAAAAACUUCUUAAAAUGUAUUCAAAUAAUCAUCCUAUCAUUCAAGAAUUUAUAAAUCAAAAAUAA